AUGACGGAUAACAUUCAUUGGAGUUUAUCGAGCGCCAACGGAAGUGAAGUCGCCGAUGAGAGUCUUCUGUGGAGAGGUAAAGUCGAGGGAGACGGAGUGGAUCUGGACACUAACGUUAUCAGUCUUCAAGGUGCAGGUCACGUGACUCUGGGACGUUUCCACGACAAUUGCCCAGGAAACCCAUCUAUGUGCGAGGAUGGUUUUACUGUGAGCUUCUGGAUGAAAUACGGAGUGAAAUUUGCAUCCUGCAUUCUUGGACAAAACGAACUAUAUCACGAAGCCAUCGAGUCGAUGAUGUCAGCGGUAACCCCUAGUAGGAGCAAAUGGAUUCGUUGUUACCACGCCAAGUCAGAUGGUUGCAAUGCGCAAGCGUUUCACUCACGAUGUGAUAACAAAGGGCCCACAGUGACUUUGGUACGAGUGCGCGAGAUCGUGUUUGGAGGAUUUUUGGAUCAGAAUUGGGGAGGUCCGAAUGGUAUAAGAUCAAUAUCUUCAGACUCGGCCUUCCUCUUUAACAUCAACAACGCUCUUGAGCUGAAACCUUUCAAACUUAACAUUAAAAAAAGUCAAAAACAGAUCGCUGCUCUGUAUGAUCCAACUACCGGACCAGUGUUUGGACAAGACGACUUAAGAGUCACUUUCGAUAACAGAAGUAUUCCCCUGUAUGGUGCGUCACAUAUCGGCCACGCCUACGAAUUACCCCAAGGAUUUAAUGGGACGGAUCAAGUCGAUGGGAUGAAACUCUUCGCUGGAACCAGGAUUUUUAGUUGGGACGACUUAGAAGUAUUUUACUACGAUGUGCCGCAUGCUUCCCUUGGUGUCAGCGACCCAGCUACAGUUCAGAAUUCAGCAUUCAAUUCUUCGUCCGAAAAAGUCUCUUUGGAUUACUCUGCACAAUCUGCACCAGUAGGCUCUGCCAGCGAAUGGUGUGCGUAUUACAAUGAUGAACAUCAGUGGCUGGAGGCGAGUAUCGGUUAUGAUCCUGACCACACUAACUUUGAAUUGAAGGCAUUGAAAAGCGGAGGAAAAUCAGGGAUGACCUGGUAUCUACUUAAUUCAAGCACAGAUGGAAAGAUCUGGAACGAAUUUAAAAAUGGCGAGAGAAUUCCUGAAGGCAAAGGCGUCUCCUUUAUAGGAAAUCUUCGUUAUGUGAGGUUCAUACCUGAGUCAUGGGAUUCUCGUAUCUGCAUGAAAGUAGAAGUAGAUGCUGGAAAAAACAAAUCUCAAGUUGCCUUCAACAAACUCACAGCGUCGUCUGAACUAUGUAUGUCUCCAGCUUACUUCGCUCGACUUCACCUCACUGGGGAGUGUUUUUCUGCUUGGUGCCCUCGGCCUCGUUCCCAAGACCCUCAUCCCUGGCUGAGCGUGAACUUGAAUAGCUUGAACCAGAUUCUGUUUGUUGCUACACAAGGUUCCGACAACGGACAGGACAAGACUCAUGUAUUGUCUUAUUAUCUUAGUUACGUUCAUGAGGAAGAUGGAACAAUAAGAAACUACACAGAAAAUGGGAACUUAAAGAUCUUCGAAGGGAACUGGGAUGGAUCCACUGUUGUUAAAAACGCAAUUUUGAAUCCAUUCCAGACAAAAUCGUUGACUUUUCACAUUGUUGACUCGAAAUCAGAUCAGUGUUGCCUAAGAGUUGAAAUUUACGGUCCAAGAUGUCAACAACCUCUUGGAAUGGAAAACGGGGCCAUCUCUGAUGCACAGAUUACUGCCUCGUCCUGGCAUACACCCUCUGACCCUAAGGCCUAUGUUCCGAGCCGAGCUAGGCUCCAUACACAACACAAUGAAGACCCCUACCUAGCGGGAGGGUGGGUAGCUGCCCCGGACGAUGUUUAUCCAUGGUUGCAGGUCCAUCUCGGCAAUGAAACUUUCAAAGUCACCAGAGUGGCCACACAAGGAAGGAAUUUUUACAAGCAGUGGGUAAAGAAAUACAAACUACAGUACAGUCAGGAUGGUGUGAGCUUUAACUACUACAAGGCAUAUGGAGAAACAAAACACAAGAGCUUUUGGGCAAAAGCGGAGAGCGAUAUUGUUGCUUAUCGUGACCUCGAUCCUCCAAUCAGAGCGCGUUUUAUCCGAUUUAGACCGACACUUUGGCAUUAUUUUGCAACAAUGAGGGUGGAACUCUAUGGAUGUCCUUUAGAUUGCAGCCCUAAACCUCUUGGGAUGGAGAACGGUGCAAUCUCUGAUAGUCACAUAACUGCGUCGUCUGAAAACGGUUUGAAAUGGCCCGCCAAGAAUGCGCGACUGAACUAUCCCCAGGGUGGCGCUUGGGCACCAAAGCUUAACCCAGAUGAAUGGUUACAGAUCGAUUUCCUCAAUUACCGCACAAGCGUAACCUCAGUGGCAACACAGGGAAGGUCUAUAGGGAACAUCACCCAGUGGGUAUCGACUUACAGGCUCCAAUACAGUAACUUGGAAUACUACUUCAAAUACUUUAAAGAGGACGGGACAAAUGAGGCUAAGGUUUUUUCUGGUAACAUAGACGGGAACUCUACCGUAUCACACGAUCUUAACCCACCAAUAAUAGCACGUUAUGUCCGUUUUCUGCCACUAACUUACCACGGAUUGAUAGCUAUGAGGGUGGAGCUGUAUUACGGCUGUGUACAAGCCAGUGAAGCGGAAGAUGAUACAAUCGUUUCGUGGCGAGGUACAAACUCUAACAGUGAGGACAAAGCAUUCGAGCUCAAACAAGUGAAUGAUUUGUUGACACCCCAUCAUCAGCUGUCCGUCACAGCUGCAAAUGAAACUUACACUCUGUACAUUCCAACAGUCCCCAGAACCUGGCAUCAUGUGACAUUCACGUGGAGCAAGGCCUGGGGAAUAAAAUUUUAUCAAGAUGGCGCUCUUGUAGCAGGGACAGGGAGAUCAGAGAAAAGUGUAUUUGUAACAAAAGGGGAAUCCAGUGGAUUAUUCAUCAUUGGAAACAGGGUUCUGACCAGCGGAAGAAGCGGUAAAUCUAAUUUUCAAAUUCAAGGACUGACUGUGUGGCCUCGCCUUGUCUCCCUAGCGCAAUUAAAACACGAGUUGGAAACUGGACUGACUGUGUGGCCUCGCCUUGUCUCCCUAGCGCAAUUAAAACACGAGUUGGAAACUGUUACCUGUCACGUUAUGGAUCAGUGCCUGAAGCAAAGUUAUAACGACGAUUUUGAUUGGUCAUUUGGAAUAAGCUGUACUGAGACUUAUCACACUGGUCCAUGCGGUGAACACGUGCUUAGCGGUGAAGUUCGGCGUUCAUUCAGCAACGCAGCUUUCAAUAGAAAAACAGAGCAAUAUGAUAGAACCAGCUUCUCUCGAAUGGUAGUGGAUGGGGACUUUAACUCGCGGAGUGAACUGGGGCAAGUCGAAGAGACAUGGUGGAUGGUAGACCUCGGGCGUGAGGGUCUGGUAACAGGCGUAAGACUCGUAUUCAAGCUAGCAAGCAAUGGGAAUAACACAGCGUCGAGACUUGACAUUAUAAUUGUGCACGAGACUGGAAAGAUUGAGCAGUCAUUGUGCGAAGCUGUUAACAAGAGUGACAUCAUUGCAAACGAGGUUGCUUACAAGGUGACGUCCUGUGGCAAGCCGUUACUAGGAAGAUUUGUUAAGGUGGAGGUAACAAUGGAAGUCCACGUGAAAUGUAAAAAGUUAACAACGUGUCCACCCUCUCCAGUAAUGAACCUUUAUGAGGUGGAAGUUUUGAUGGGUAAGGAAAUAGGCUCAUUUAGGGAAGUAUUUUUUAAUUUGUAA